GAUAUCAUCUGAUGUUUCUAGUGGUUCUCAAAGAAAUAUGGAGUUAGUAUCAUGUCAUGCAAAUUUGCUACUUACCCUUGGGGACAGAGGAUGGCGUGAAUGUGGAGCACAGGUUGCUCUUGAACUUUUUGAUCAUAAUGAAUGGAAAUUGGCUGUGAAAAUGUCAGGAUCAAUUAGGUGCUCUUACAAGGCACAUCAGUUCCUGCAGCCUGGAUCUACCAAUCGUUACACGCAUGCUAUGAUGUGGAAAGGAGGAAAGGAUUGGAUCUUAGAGUUCACUGACAGGAGCCAGUGGGCCCUUUUCAAGGAUAUGCAUGAAGAGUGCUACAACCGAAAUGUUCGUUCGGCUUCAGUUAAGAAUAUUCCUAUUCCUGGAGUUCGCAUGGUAGAGGAAUAUGAUGAUAAUACAGAAGUGGUAUUUCUUCGCAGUCCUUUCCGGUACUUGCGGCAGGUUGAAACUGAUGUUGAGAUGGCUUUGGAUCCAUCCCGUGUUUUCUAUGACAUGGAUACUGAUGAUGAACAGUGGAUUUCAAGAAUUCAUAUAUCUUCAGAGAGUGAUGGUAGCAGCACCUCGUUGGAAUUUUCGGAUGCAACUUUUGAGAAGAUUAUGGACAUGUUUGAGAAGGCUGCUUAUACUCAACAGUGUGAUCAAUUUAAUUCUGAUGAAAUACAGCAGCUCAUGGCUGGAGUUGGGUCCAUGGAAGUAAUCAGGGCAAUCUAUGAGCACUGGCAGGAAAAGCGGAAGAGAGUUGGAAUGCCUUUAAUUCGGCAUCUCAAGCCACCACUGCGGGAAAGGUACCAGCAACAAAUUAGAGAGUGGGAGCUAACUAUGUCGAAAGUGAAUCGUAUUCCGUCCAUUGGAUGCUCAGAUAAGGUUUCACCCAUGGAGAAGCCACCGAUGUUUGCUUUCUGUUUGAAACCCCGGGGCUUGGAAGUUCCAAAUAAAGGGUCAAAACAAAGAUCCCAGAGGAAAAUUCCAGUUUCUGGUCAAAUCAACCCUGCAUUGGGAGAUCAUGAGGGUUGUCAUUCCUUUGGGCGAAGAUCAAAUGGGUUCCUGUAUGGGGAUGAAAAGUUUCUAUAUCCUGUACAUAACUAUGAAUCUGUAGAAGAUUCCCCACUGUCUCAGGCAUCACCAAGGGUAUUUUCACAACUAGAUAGAGUUAUCAGGGGGUAUUUUCCCACGGGCUGUGAUGGGUUUAGUAAGAGUUACCACCAGAAACUACGAAGAAGCAGGCCAAAGAAAAUUUGCAUUUUCCCAUCAUCAAACGAUUGGUUAACGAUGCCUUCAUAUGGUCAGAGGCUAAUUGGCAAGAGAAAUAGAAUUCGUCGGCAGAACAUGGCCAUUUCAGAGUGUCCUAGCCUGCAGAAUUACCUCUCAGAUGGCUUACAAAGGCAUGGUCCUGAACAGUUGGAUAAUUCUGAUAUUGAUGAGUUCAGAUUGCUGGAUGCAGCCAGUGCAGCCUGGCGUGCACUUAAGGUGGCCAAGUUCAAGAGAGAAAGAGCUCAGAGAUUGCUUUUCAGAGCAGAUCUAGCAAUUCAGAGGGCUGCGAUUGCUCUCAUGACUGUACAGGCAAUCAAAGAAUCUUCCGACAACUUAGAUGGUGACAGUAGAAUGGUCUGACCAGCACCAUGCAGUUCUGGAAUUUUUAGGAGUACCAAAACUGACAAUUUUUUUUCCCCUGGAAUGAAUCGAGGGUUUUCCUAUCCCAGUGAUGUUGGCCUGGAGUUGUCAUUGACUGAGGCAAGUGUAAAAGUUCUAACAGGAGAGCUUGUGAGCCAGUCAGACUAGUUUUUCUUUUCUUUUUUCUUUUGCUUCUGCUACAUAUUGUAGCAGUUUUCCUUGUGCAAACUUCACUUCACAGCCCUUUCGCCCAGUAAGUUUCUUUUUAAUCACUGCAGCCGUUUCACUUGGUUGAAGUACCGUUGGUCCGCCCUGACGUUAAGGGGUGUAUGGAACUUUGGUAGAGCCAAUCUUUGUAUAGAUUUUUGAAACCCCCCCCCCCUUUCCUCUUACAUAUCACUAAAGCGGGUGGCCCAAAUAGAAAUACAGCACCUCGGAAUCAACAC